GCUUCGACAUAUACCAGUCCCCAGUGAGAUUCUCAGAGAGAGAGAGAGAGAGGGUUUUAGAGAGAGAAAGGUCGGACCUUUGGUGGAUCUAGAAUUCAGAUUUCUGCGGAAGCCAUGGCGAGAGGACCUCUCGCUCUUCACCGGUGGAUCUCUUUGAGUCUGAGUCUUUUUGUCUUGUUCUUCGUCCAUGCUGCUCACUGCUUCUACCUCCCUGGUGUCGCUCCCCAAGAUUUCAAAAAUGGGGAUGAUUUGAAGGUGAAAGUGAACAAAUUGACGUCUAUCAAAACCCAACUUCCUUAUUCCUACUAUUCCCUUCCUUAUUGUCGUCCUGGAAAAAUAGUUGACAGUGCUGAAAAUCUUGGGGAAGUUCUUCGUGGUGAUCGCAUUGAAAACUCUCCUUAUGCAUUUAAAAUGAGAGAACCCAAGAUGUGCAAUAUUGUAUGUCAUACAACUCUUGAUGCGAAAACUGCCAAGGAGUUCAAGGAAAAGAUAGAUGAUGAGUAUCGGGUGAACAUGAUUUUGGAUAAUCUUCCUCUGGUUGUUCCUAUAAGAAGGCCUGAUCAGGAAAAUUCAAUAGUUUAUCAACAUGGAUUCCAUGUGGGUCUCAGAGGACAAUAUGCAGGGAGCAAGGAAGAAAAGCAUUUUAUCCACAAUCACUUAAUAUUUACAGUCAAAUAUCACAAAGAUCCAGUGACAGACCUAUCAAGGAUUGUUGGGUUUGAAGUCAAACCAUUUAGUAUCAAACAUGAAUAUGACGGUCAAUGGAAAGAGGAACAAACCCGUUUAAAAACCUGUGAUCCCCAUGCAAAGCGCACAGUUACCAACUCUGAAUCCCCUCAAGAGGUUGAAGCUAAGAAGGAAAUUAUAUUUACAUAUGAUGUGGAAUUCCAGGAGAGUGAUGUGAAAUGGGCAUCUCGGUGGGAUACCUAUCUCCUGAUGGCUGAUGAUCAGAUUCACUGGUUCUCAAUUGUUAAUUCUUUGAUGAUUGUUCUUUUCCUCUCGGGCAUGGUAGCUAUGAUCAUGUUGCGGACACUUUACCGGGAUAUCUCCAAGUACAACCAAUUAGAGACCCAAGAAGAAGCCCAAGAAGAGACAGGCUGGAAACUAGUGCAUGGGGAUGUUUUCAGGCCUCCAUCAAACUCAGACUUACUCUGUAUUUAUGUUGGGACAGGAGUUCAGUUUUUUGGUAUGAUUCUUGUGACUAUGAUCUUUGCCGUCCUUGGAUUCCUCUCCCCCUCAAACAGAGGUGGUUUGAUGACAGCUAUGCUCCUACUCUGGGUCUUUAUGGGAAUAUUUGCUGGAUACUCAUCUGUCCGUCUCUAUAAGAUGUUCAAGGGAACAGAAUGGAAGAAAAUUACUCUCAAAACAGCUGUCACAUUUCCCGCAACUGUCUUUGCCAUUUUUUUCGUCUUGAAUGCUAUAAUUUGGGGGCAGAAGUCUUCUGGGGCAGUGCCAUUUGGAACCAUGUUUGCUCUGGUUGUUUUGUGGUUUGGCAUCUCAGUUCCACUUGUUUUUGUGGGUAGUUAUGUUGGUUUUAAGAAGCCUGCAAUUGAGGAUCCUGUGAAAACUAAUAAGAUCCCUAGGCAGAUCCCAGAACAGGCCUGGUACAUGAACCCAGCAUUCUCUAUCCUGAUUGGAGGCAUACUCCCCUUUGGUGCUGUCUUUAUUGAACUAUUUUUCAUCCUCACUUCAAUAUGGUUGCAGCAGUUUUAUUACAUAUUUGGUUUCCUCUUCAUUGUCUUCGUCAUCCUUAUUGUCACUUGUGCCGAGAUUACAAUUGUACUGUGCUACUUUCAGCUGUGCAGUGAGGACUACCUUUGGUGGUGGAGGUCGUAUUUGACUUCAGGUUCUUCAGCACUCUACCUUUUCCUCUAUGCUGCCUUCUACUUCUUUACUAAGCUUGAGAUCACUAAGCCAGUGUCUGGGAUCCUGUACUUCGGCUACAUGCUGAUCGCUUCAUAUGCUUUCUUCGUGCUGACUGGUACAAUUGGUUUCUAUGCCUGCUUCUGGUUCACAAGGCUCAUCUACUCAUCAGUGAAGAUUGAUUAGUUAAUUUUUGCCAAGUGAGGGACUUCCUGUUUGGUACCAGUGGACACGCAGAGUUUUACAUGGGAUGAAAACGUCGGAGAACUUACCAUUUGGGUUCAGUUUUUUGAAUUUUAAUUCAUAGAAAAUGUUAUUAUUCUUAGUCUUCUCUAUACAGGUUCUUUCUCUCUCUCCCCCCAAGGCCCGACUUUGUUUCUUUUUGUUUUUUGUUUUGUAUGAGACAUUUGAGGGAAUUGUUAAGCAACUACUUGUCCAAAUGCCUAUUUAAGAACGUUGGGGUUCUUGCGUC